AUGCUGCCGAUCAAAACUGCAGCUCCUAUUCGGAAACGCAAAGCCCACAGAAAGUCCCGUAAUGGGUGUGCGAAUUGCAAGCUAAGAGGUAUCAAGUGCGAUGAGACAAAACCAUGCUGCAGGAGAUGCGAUGCAUUCAAUGUAGUUUGCUGUUAUGGUUCCAAGUUCUCGCCCGAGAGCCUUUCUGCCAAGCCGAGUUUUCGGGUGCAUAUAGGUGCCGCUCCCCAGGCCGUUGUGCAAUCUCCACCAGCUCCCUUACCUAUCUCGGGGUCUCGGCAUAGCUUAGAGAUAUACCAGCUCUUAGCCAGAGAUAUUCCCCUUAUCGAGAAGUUCCAGAAACGUACGGCCUGGACGCUAGGGACAAGGGCAACGCAUCAUGUUUAUGCGGAGAAAGUCCUGCCUUUAGCAUUCACGAACCCGCUAUUAAUGCAUACCGUUCUUGCCAUGGCUGAAAUGCAUGACCUGGCCAUGGAACCCUUCGGAACCAGGCGGUCAUACUCGCUCACGUAUCACUGGUACCACGCUGUGUCCUCCAUGCGGCAAUAUCUCAACAGACCCUUCGCGCCGUCCGAUGGCGAUGUACUCUGGAUAUCUGCAAACCUGAUAAGCAUCAGUCACCUGGCCUACGUAGAGGAGCGAUACCCCGAAGAAGCUUGGCCGCUUCGCUCGCCAUCCCCAGCCGACCUCCUGUGGUUUACCCUUUGCGACGGUCAGAAGGUCGUCGCGGAACUAACGAAUCCCACGAGGGAUAAUGCUCCGUUCUAUCUCCCGGCGAGGUCGGAAGAGCGCUCGACGGCGAAGUGGCUUCCUAAGGAGUUUGAGGCGUUCUUCGAGGUUCUGAACUCCCGCCGAACCGACGAAGGCAAUUUUAGCAAUCGAGAGGACAUUGAUGAAGAGGGUAUUGGUAGGAUUCAUGGUGUUAGAAUCAAUCCCUAUCAUAAAGCUGUCAAAAUAGCUGUUGAGUUGUUCGAGCGCGAGCUGGACCAUGAAAACAUUCUAGCGCAUGUCUGUUUCUUUAGAGCGCUCGAUGCUCCGUUCCGCGAGCUGUUGAUCCGCAAAGACGAGAAGGCAAUGCUUGUGCUUUUAUACUGGUAUGCCAAGAUCUGCGAUCGGAGGAUCUGGUGGUUGUGGAAACAGUCUUGCACCGAAGGAGUUGCUAUUUGCAGGUAUCUGGAGAGAGCGUGGACUAUAUCUGGGGAUGAGGUUGGGUUGCGUUUGCUUGAGCUGCCGAGAAUGCGUUUGAUGACUGCUUCGGGAGUGGCGGGGUAG